GUCAUGUUUUGUCGGUUUAUUUUUGAUCUUAUUUUAGAAGAUACGUAGUACUUUCAAUAAUACUAGUUCGUGUUUUAUUAUGUCGUGAUAUCUACGUGCUUUUUAAUUAACUGAUUCACCUGGUGUUAUACGAAUUCAAUCAUGUAUAACUAUCUGCAAACCUUACUGCCCAAUGGCCUCAAAUCUAAUUGGGAACCGAGGAUUGUUGGUGAGACUUUAGGUAUUUUGAUUUCAAAAUCGAAAUCUCGAUCAAAUGGAUUAUGCCAUCCGUUACCGCUCAAGUUCCACUCGACCAAAGGUAAAAAUAUCCGAUUGGAGAAAGAUGAAACGGUAGCUGUACGAGAAAAUAGCUUUUGUAAUGGACUCACUUUUACUAGCAGACCAGUGAUGAUUGAAGAAAAGGUAUAUAUCAAACUAGUCGAAAAAUGUGAUGAUUGGAGCGGUGUAAUUAGAUUCGGAUUCACUAACGUAGAUCCGGCUACUUUGAAAGAUUUACCAAAAUACGCUUGUCCAGAUCUUACCGACCGAGUUGGUUUUUGGGCUAAAGCUGUGAAUGAAAAAUAUGCCGAAAAAGACGCCAUCUUGUAUUUUUACGUGACAAAAAGCGGCGUCGUACAUUACGGUAUUAAUGAACGUUCCAAAGAAGUGUUCUUCACCGGCGUCGAUACCAGUAACAAAUUAUGGGCUAUGAUCGACGUUUACGGUAACUCGAAGACUAUCGAAUUGGUUAAUCAUAAAUUGAACAACAUGACGCCGGAUCAAGAAGCCGGAUUUGAUUUAUGUCACUUGAAAAGAAAUACGGACGCUAUUUGUUACCAAGGGUUGGAAAGUGGUAUGGAAUCGUUGACCGUUCAUGAAAAACCAGAAGUUAUUAACCAAUACAGGCAUCAGGAUAAUGUCACGUAUAGACCAUCCACUUCUAAUAUUAGAGAAGAUCCUCAUCGUUUAUCGAAAAAUUGCGCUAGAACUUCGAAUCGUGAUCAUGUGAAAGUUCACCAGAGCUUGAAGCUGGAUCCGUUACAGUUUCACGACACUCACGGAAUCGGGACCCGAUUAAGUAACGAUCGUUUUAUCGCCUCGCGUAUCGAAAAUUUCUCCAGCUUCGGUUACGUAUUUUCUUCGCCGCCGAUUAAAAAAGACGAAUUUUUAAUUGUUCAGAUUUUGGAAACAAAUACUAGUUUUGCGGGUUGCCUAACUAUUGGUGCUACGAGCGUAGAUCCUGCGAAAAUUUCGCCUCAUCGGUUGCCGGAAAAUUCGGAUAAUUUGAUAGAUACCAUCGGAGGUCACAGUGUGACUCACAAGAAUGUAGGAAUAUCGUUAAUGAAAGGAGACGAACUUAUUUUCUCGGUUUCCAGAAAUGGUGACGUAACCAUGAAAAAGAAUAAAGACCGACAAGUCAGAAUAUUCUGUAUCGAUAACACCAUUCCAUUCUGGUGGCUUUUUGACGUAGUUGGUUCGACUACAAAAAUUCGAGCUUUCACCGGCGUUCUAGUUGAUAAUAAUCGUCCAGUAUCAUCUUGUACGAUUGCUCAGCGUCCGGUAUCUAGUACUCCAAGCUGGCCUAAUUCGACAAUCGAUACGAUUGCAGCAUCGCCAGCUCAUUCGUCUAGUGCCUUGGUACCGUCAGCAGGGCCUGAUCAAGCUGUACGUAACGUACCGGUCAUGCUGGUGGUUAAAUGCUGUGAUAAACCGGACGUAGGAUGUAGUAUGGAACCGAUGAACAUAAUAUUCCAAAAUCAUCAUUCCGGCGUUCAAAACGAGAUCGGAAUUAACGUCGGUUCCAGCGACUUGAUCAUUUCCGCUCAGACUUCGCAUCAUCAUCGAUUGCCUACACCUCAGAUGGUUGCGGAUUAUGCCAAUGUUCGACCUAUCAAACAGCGUGAAUUCGUAGCCGAUACUUCGGUCGCUGACAAUGGACGUAACAGGGAGCACUGUUUACACGAAUGGGCUAAAACUAAAACUCGCGGAUAUUCUAGUAAUCCGAGAAUAAGCGAAUGUACAGUAUGUUACGAGAAGCCGGUCGACGCCGUGUUGUACAGUUGCGGACACAUGUGUAUGUGUUUCAGUUGCGCUCUAGAGCUAUGGCGUGGUAAAGGAGACGGACAUUGUCCUAUUUGUAGAGCUGUCAUCAAAGAUGUCAUUAGGACGUAUAAAUCGUGACGAAUUAUUCCGCCGAAUUACUAUUACCAUUGACUGUUUUGUUUUUUUUCCCUCUUUUACAUAGAACUGAAAUAUUAUUAUUAUUUUGUACGAUUUGUUAUGCAAAGACAAGUAUUUUUUUUUGCUCGGUUGUAUUAUAUUUGCUCUUCGUCGUUCGUUUUAUUUGUACGAUUAUUAUAGCGGUAUAUUUUGUAUGUACUUUGUAUCUUCGCGGAACUAUUAUUAUCUUCUGUGUUUGUUAUGUUGGUAGGAUUUUUUGUUUUCUUCUUAUUUCGUUAAAACGUUCGAUUUGUUUCUUCCCUCAUCAUCCCUCCUGUUUAUUAUUUUUUUAUAUGUGUAAAUGCUCGUGUAAUACUUACUUUCUGUGAAAUGUGUUUCUAGACAUUUGUAGGCAGGUUAUCCUAUUUGAUAGAGAUGAGUGUAAAGAGGAAUUUAAUAUAAAGAGGUGGAUUUUUCGACGCUCGUGUAUAGGUAUAGAGAUAUUUUUUAUGUUUUCUAGUCAAUAAUAGUCAUUCGUAAGUUGUCUCUGUAUGUGUAUAUUAUGAAAUAUGACCAUCUUGUUUUUUUUUUCUUUGAAGAUGAAGAUGACAACCCACUGUAGACUCAGUAUCGUGUCUGUAAUUUAUGACAUGUAAUUGACCAAUGAAUUUCUUCGUAAUAUUAAAUUUUUAUAUUGCAA